CGACGCGCUAGACCUAAACGGGACAGCCAGGCGAACAACUCGCAGACCUCAUUUUCUGCCUUUUUGGGUAAGACGACGCACCCGUGGGGUGCAUCUGGCAAUGUUCUGGAUAAUUGGUCAUGGCCAGUUGGUCCAGUAUGAACAAGUGCAUCAUUGUAUGCGUCCAGACUAUCAACCAGCCGAUCAGGUGGAAUAGGUGGAAUUUCCACUGCAACAAUGUCCCACAGAUUUAUCCUCUUCCCUAGUUGGGUUGUUGAUAACCGCCGAGGGGAAAUGCAGUGAGAACUGAUAUAUGAAUGCCUGAACCCGUUGAAGUUGAUUCCUUCGCAAAAACAACCCUCAACUCUACCCAUCCAUUCUACACUACGAUUUAUCCAAAAUGGCUCCCUCCGUCUCUCUCGAUCACACCACUCCUGCAGUCGUCCCCGAGUCGAACCAGACCCCGGCCGCCUUUGCUCCCACCAACAACCUGUUCUCUCUCGGUGGACGAACCAUCAUGAUCACUGGUGGUGGUCGUGGACUUGGAAUCACUCUGGCCGCUGCCGUGAUCGAGGCUGGUGGAGAUGUCGCAUGUCUAGAUCUCCUUCCCGAGGCCAGCGCAGACGAAUGGGCAUCGAUUCAGAAGCUGGCCGCGUCACGGGGUCUCCAAGCCACCUACACACAGUGCGAUAUUACAAACGAAGAGAAGACAAAGCAAGUUCUCGAGGAUAUCGCUGCUGCCGCAAUCCAGCGGAACAUGCCCUUGCGUGGUGCGAUCACUUGCGCUGGAAUUCAGCAGAUGGUUCCAGCCCUCGACUACCCCAUCGAUGGAUUCCGCAAGAUGAUGGAAGUGAACGUUAUCGGCACAUUCAUUCCUAGCAAGCACUGUGCUCGCAUCUUCAAGGAGCAGGGAACACCGGGUAGCAUCGUUAUGAUCGCCUCCAUGUCGGGAGAUAUCGCAAACAGAGGCCUUACCUGCACCGCAUACAACUCGUCCAAAUCCGCCGUUCACCAGAUGUGCCGCAGCGUUGCUCAGGAAUGGGGUCAAUACGGCAUUCGCAUCAACACCCUUUCGGCUGGCUACAUCCGCACUGCUAUGACCGACGCGUUGCUUAAGGAAAAGCCGGAGGUUGAAGAAACAUGGAUGCGCGGCGCUUUGCUGGGAAGACUUGGUGCUCCCGAGGAUUUCAAAGCACCAACAGUCUUCAUGCUGAGCGAGGGAAGCUCCUGGAUGACUGGAGCUGAUUUGAGAGUCGACGGAGGACACUGCGCUUCCGCAUAGAUUAUGUAUUUGAUGAUAUUUUUAUUCAAGGCGUUUUUGUAUAGAUUGGGGUUAGGAAGAAAAUUAGACGUCGCAUGAAUUGC